UGUGGUAGUAUAUGGUAUUGUCUAGGGUUUACAUUCCCGGUAGCGGAGGAGUAUAUACUCUAGGGUUUGCAAUUUCGGCGAGAGAGAGAGAGAGAGCUUGCAUUUGCUUCCGGCCGUCACAAUCUCCUUCCAAUCUCGACAAUGAUUAUUUCAGAGAAGAACCGCAGAGAGAUGUCCAAGUACCUCUUUCAAGAGGGUGUGUGUUAUGCGAAGAAAGAUUACAAUCUCGCCAAGCACCCGGAAAUCGAUGUCCCAAACCUGCAAGUGAUCAAGCUGAUGCAGAGCUUCAAAUCGAAGGAGUAUGUGAGGGAGACAUUCGCUUGGAUGCACUACUAUUGGUACUUGACAAAUGAUGGCAUUGAAUUUCUGAGGACAUACCUCAACUUGCCAUCUGAGAUCGUUCCCAACACCCUGAAAAGGGCAGCUCGUCCUGUUCCUGCUGGUGGUCGGCCUGGUGGCCCCCCUGGCGAUCGCCCACGUGGUCCGCCUAGAUUUGACGGAGAUAGGUCAAGGUUUAAUGAUCGUGAGGGCUACCGUGGAGCUCCAAGAGGUGGUCCGCCUGGCGAGUAUGGUGGUGACAAGGGAGGAGCUCCAGCUGAAUACCAACCUUCCUUCAACAGGCCUGCAUUCGGUCGCGGUGGUGGCAGUUUUGGUGCAGGGCCUGCUCAUGGAAGUAUCGAGUAAAGGAAGACUGGCAUAAUUGAGUUGUUGCUGGGAAGGGAAGUGACUGAGAAAUUUUGAACGUUCUAGUGCUCUUAAAUACGCUAAAUUACUUCAUUGGUGCUCUGUUCUUUUUGGCUGUUGAGAGAUGUUGGACUUGUGAGGUAGUUUCUCAUGCUGUUUGUGCGAGCUACUUAGUUUACUUAUUCAGCUUAGAUUUUGGCUUUGGAGAUGAUUAAUAGUUAUGGAUUUUCUUAUUGUUGAUUUUAAGCUGAACAGACAUGCAUGUGACAGUCAUUGAAUUGGAUGCAUGCUUUAUGGGUUGUCUGUAGUUUUCGUUUCCCAUGUGUUUUGGAAUAAAAACAAUGGGAAGUUUGUAUGGAA